GAAGGCUGAAUGGCUGAUGCAGCCCAGCAGUGCUCAGCUUCGGGUCCAGCAGUUGUCAGGGAGCCACGCGCCGGCCGCCAAGUGUUUUCCAGUCAGUCCUACACACAAUAAUCCGCCGCUCCCGUUUAUUCUUUUUGAAAAUUCCACAUGAAAUGUUUCACCACCGGCGUUUAUUUUUCUUCGACGUUUUUCUGUGGAUAGCGACCGGUUUGGCCGUUUUGUCGCCAAUCCCAGCAUCGGUCGUCGUGGCGACGCCGGAAUCGACCGGCGUCGGCAACGGCCGACUCUUCCGCGACAAUUUCCAACGCCUCCAGACAUUCGGAAUGUGCGGAAUUCCGCGUCCGCGCGUUUUCUACGUCGAAGAUCAUCCGGAAGUGGAUGCCACUUUGACGUACCAUCCGUCAGCGACGGUUCUGCACCGGUGCGAUCCUUCCGGCGGAUGUUGCCUGGACCGGCGUAAACAAUGCGGUCCGCUAGUCGAGUCUGUCGUCACUGUCGUCUUCUUCGUUCACCCCAAUCGCCCCAGGCAGCCGGUCGCAGUCGCAGAUGGAACAUCCACCGCCAACCGCGCGCUUUUCAAAUCGCUGGAAUUCGUCAAUCACACCCAGUGCACUUGUUCCGAUAUCAACGACGUCCCGAGACGUUGAAAAUUUGUAUUGCCUCUGGCAUUUUUCUUGUAUAUGUAAUUUUUUUUUUCGCCAAACGAAAUUCAAUCUUUACUUUAACCACGCCCUAUUGACCCCCCUCCGGACAUGUGUGUUUAUUUCAAAUUGUGUUGGACUUUUAUCGCGUUUGAUACGACGGUUGAAGUUUGUGUGUGUGACAGGACCCACAAAAUAAAGUCAAUGUCCGUCCUUUUUUUUUAUUUCUGCCGACUGGAUGUUUAAAAAAAAAAUAAUAAUUAAAUAAAAAUUAAAUGUCAUGUAAAUUAAUUUUUAUUUUUUUUUAUAAUUCAGCUUUUUAUUUUGCAUGAUUAUUAUUGUAUUUUAAUUGUAAUCCCGCAGAGUGUCAACUGAUGAGCGCAUUCGUUGAAAUAAUCACGUGUUUUGGAAUAAAUCAUUUUAUUAGUCAA